GAGCCGGAGCCGCGGUGGCCGGGGAGCCCAUGGCGUACAGUCAGGAAGGCGGCAAAAAGAAAGCCUGCUACUACUACGAUGGUGAUAUUGGAAACUAUUACUAUGGACAAGGCCAUCCUAUGAAACCUCAUAGAAUCCGCAUGACCCAUAACUUGAUGCUAAAUUAUGGCUUAUAUAGAAAAAUGGAAAUAUAUAGGCCCCAUAAAGCCACUGCUGAAGAAAUGACAAAAUACCACAGUGAUGAGUACAUCAAAUUUCUACGUUCAAUAAGACCAGAUAACAUGUCUGAGUAUAGUAAGCAGAUGCAGAGAUUUAAUGUUGGAGAAGAUUGUCCAGCGUUUGAUGGACUCUUUGAGUUUUGUCAGCUCUCAACUGGUGGCUCAGUUGCUGGAGCUGUGAGGUUAAACCGACAACAAACUGAUAUGGCUGUUAAUUGGGCUGGAGGAUUGCAUCAUGCUAAGAAAUCAGAAGCAUCAGGAUUUUGUUAUGUUAAUGAUAUUGUGCUUGCCAUCCUUGAAUUACUAAAGUAUCACCAGAGAGUCUUAUAUAUUGAUAUUGAUAUCCAUCACGGUGAUGGUGUUGAAGAAGCUUUUUAUACAACAGAUCGUGUAAUGACUGUAUCAUUCCAUAAAUACGGGGAAUGCUUUCCUGGAACAGGAGACUUGAGGGAUAUUGGUGCAGGAAAAGGCAAAUAUUAUGCUGUCAAUUUUCCAAUGAGAGAGGGUAUAGAUGAUGAAUCUUAUGGGCAAAUAUUUAAGCCUGUCAUCUCAAAAGUGAUGGGGAUGUAUCAACCUAGUGCCGUGGUGCUACAGUGUGGUGCAGACUCGCUAUCUGGUGAUAGACUUGGUUGCUUCAAUCUGACAGUCAAAGGUCAUGCUAAAUGUGUAGAAGUUGUAAAAACUUUCCAUUUACCAUUACUGAUGCUUGGGGGAGGUGGAUACACAAUUCGUAACGUUGCUCGCUGUUGGACAUAUGAGACUGCAGUUGCCCUUGAUUGUGAGAUUCCUAAUGAAUUGCCAUAUAAUGAUUACUUGGAGUAUUUUGGACCAGACUUCAAACUGCAUAUUUGUCCUUCAAAUAUGACAAACCAGAACACUCCAGAAUAUAUGGAAAAGAUAAAAGAGCGUUUAUUUGAAAAUUUACGCAUGCUGCCUCAUGCACCUGGUGUCCAAAUGCAAGCUAUUCCAGAAGAUGCUGUUCAUGAAGACAGUGGAGAUGACGAUGGAGAAGACCCAGACAGGAGAAUUUCUAUUCGAGCAUCAGACAAACGGAUAGCUUGUGAUGAAGAAUUCUCAGAUUCAGAGGAUGAAGGAGAAGGAGGUCGUAGAAAUGUGGCUGAUCAUAAGAAAGGAGCAAAGAAAGCUAGAAUUGAGGAAGACAAGACGGAAACAGAAGACAAAAAAGCUGAUGUUAAGGAAGAAGAUAAAUCCAAGGAUAAUAGUGAUGAAAAAACAGAUACCAAAGGAGCCAAAUCAGAACAGCUCAGCAACCCUUGAAUUUGAAAGUCUCCAAUUUCAGAAAACAUUAAAAAAUAAGAAAAUAUUGGCAAGAAAAGUGUUUUCUUUUUGAAGACUUCUGGCUUCACUUUAUACUACUUUGGCAUGGACUGUAUUUAUUUUCAAAUGGCUU